AUGAGGUUCGGUCGAAAUAUUCACCUUCAUCAAGUCCCAGAAUGGGCGGAGCAUCAUGUUCCAUACAAUCGGCUCAAGAGACUGCUGAAGAUCGCUGUUGAGAAAGCUACAGAGGAGCAAACUCGUCCCGACUUCUCAGAUGUGCAAUCAUGCCUAGACCUGGGCAUCGCGGGUCAUCUUCAGUUUCGCAAAGAGCAAGAAAGCUAUCUUCGAAAGCAAGCAGAAGAGAUACAGGGCCAUUACCGCAUAAGCCUUUUCAACUUCGAUACAACUACGGCGUACAAGCUUUCCCGGCUUGACAUUGAGAUCCUUUGUCAAUCGCUUUCUAGGUUAACUAAGGAAAUUUCUCAACUGCAGCGAUACCAACGGUUGGACGUUGAAGCGGUUUCUCGUAUCCACACAAAGAUUGAUAAAUAUCUGGGUAGGGAGAAAAACCGAUCUGCUGGACGAAAUGAUCUGGACACAUUCAAGGAACAGAAUCCAUCGAGGAAAGCUCUGGCUCGAAACCUUGGAUUAUGGAUUGCUCAUCUACAGGAGGCACUUUCAGAUCCCAGCAGCAGGCCGGUCUACCCACAAUGCCCACUUUAUGAGGCACUCCGGCAAGAUCAACCUUCAAUCGUGGUUUCUAUGGUAGAUGAGUCCUUACAGCAGAGCAAAUCAUCAGCGAAACCAUUUCUCUUCCAUCUGCUGGAGCUAGCGGUAUAUGAACUGCGACCCAAUACUGUCUACACUUUACUUUUUGAUGUGCUGCCUCAAAACGAUAUUCCCAUUCAGGCUGCAUUAUUGAAUCGCUUGUUCACGGUUCUGGGUUUCCGGAAGAUGCAACUAUCGGCGCCGUAUUCCUGUAUACUCUUUUGUAAAAUCCGAGAUCUGCUCUGCCAGGUGAUUGGGGAGCUAGGACCCAGAUCAGAGGAGGUUCUGCUCUCAGAAGAUACUCUCGGGCGCUUCCCUCUGCACUAUGCCGCUUCAUACGGUCUUUUGUGGGAGUGCGUGGCAAUAUUUAAUGUCGCUAAAAGCUGGAACAAGGCUUCCAAAUGGCGUCUGAUUAUGCAUACUGACAAUCAAGGCUGUUCACCUUUGAGGUAUGCGGUUGUUGGCAACCAUCGAGACGCCGUUUCAUCUAUUCUGGUCUACUUGGAAAAAGUAUUGGGUGCAUCCUAUAAUGACGACGGAAUAGCACCAUUUUUCAAUCGAAUGCUAUUUACUGCUUUGUACUACGCAUAUGACGAUUUGCUCUCGAUCAUCUCGCGGGCUUGCCCUCGCUUCUGUCAGACGCCUAGGACCUGUGAAGGGGCCGGUCCGCUGCAUAUCGCCGCGCGUACCGGAAGGGCAGAUCACGUCGCUCAACUGUUGGAAACCAUAUGCAUCGCUGAGGUGAACUCAGUGGAGCCAAUGUAUGGUUGGACCCCGCUAAUUGUCGCCUGUGUAGAAGGUCACCAGAGUGUUGUCGAUGUGCUUCUCGAGCAUGGAGCCGACCGGGGCCUCAAGGACCACCGCGGCUGGACAGCACAGGAGCAUGCCGCUGUUCGGGGACAUCUUGCCUUAGCAAAAGGAAUAGCUGUGCCGUCCAAGUGGGAGGCAGGCACCAAUGAAUUAAUUGCCGCAUCAUUGAUGCAGCGGGUUUACAAUUUUAAGGCUCUACAUCAACGGUCGCAACUGGUGGUCUACCUUGGUAGCCUGCAGGAUGGAAAGCAAGUCAACCCUUUCGAGCUUCAAACGCCAUCACUUAGAAGAAAAGCCACAAGUUAUGACCUUGCACUAAAAUUUUCUUCUCCUGGGAAUGACGCUGCCCGUCAGAUUAACUUGUCCUUGCUCGGUGACACAGCUAAUGAAUCAUUCAUCUUCGAGCUUCCAAGUACGGACGAGGCAAAACUGCGCCUAGAGCUCCUCAAUUUAGAGGAUGAUCAUGACGGUCAAGCACGGGUGCUUGGUGGUAGUACAGCGUUGCUGAUGGACGAUCUCAAUAUCUUUGGUGAGAACCGAGAAAGUUUGGUGCGCGAGAGAACUGUUCCCAUUCUCGAGGGCAGGUCAUUCCAAGCUAUAGCUACGGUGACCUUCACAUUUCUUAUCAUCAAGCCAUUUCAGCAUCCCAACAUCCCCUCUGUGAGAGAAUGCUUUCUCCGUCAUGACGACUUCUGUCUCGUAGGACAUCGAGGCUUCGGACAGAAUGUUGCCGGGCAUGACUACUUACAGUUGGGAGAGAACACAGUCGAGUCAUUCCUAUCAGCUGCCAGUCUGGGGGCUUCUUUUGUCGAGUUCGAUGCUCAAUUGACCAGAGACCUUGUACCUGUUGCAUACCACGACUUUUCCUUGAGCGAGUCUGGGACUGACGUCCCAGUGCAUGAUGUGACUCUAGACCAGUUCCUGCAUGCGAGCAAGAUACAAUCCCCGAUGGGGCAUCGAACGUCCAUCUUGGGAAGCAGAGCCCACCAUAAGAAUACACGCUCCCGGUCUCUUACCAGGGGCUACGAGCAAGGAGCGCAACAAAUGCAAGAGAGGAUGAGGCACACGGUAGACUACAUGAGCAAAGGUUUCAAGCCCAACACCCGAGGCCACGUUAUUCAGGACUCGUUUGCAACCAUCGAAGAGCUACUAACCCAGCUACCGGAGAACCUUGGUUUCAACAUCGAAAUCAGUGAGUUGUCCCCAGGUCUCAUCUCAGAGAACAUUGCUGACAAUGAUCCAGAAUACCCCCGACUCCACGAAGCCACCGAAGCAGGAGUAGCCCCAGUAGCGAUCGAAAUCAACAUAUUCGUGGAUAAAAUCCUCGAGAAAGUAUUCACUCUGGGGCACAGCAGAAACAUUAUCCUGUCCUCGUUCACGCCCGAGAUCUGCAUUCUCUUGGCAUUCAAACAGCAGACCUACCCUGUCAUGUACAUCACCAACGCCGGAAAACCCCCAAUAACAGACAGAGAGAAGCGAGCCGGCAGCCUGCAAGCUGCAGUGCGGUUUGCCCAGCAGUGGGGCCUCAAUGGAAUUGUUCUGGCCACCGAGGCAUUGAUCAUAUGCCCUCGGCUGAUCGGAUACGUCCAGCGGUCGGGGCUCGUGUGUGGCUCGUAUGGACCACUCAAUAAUAUCCCGGAGAAUGCACAACUCCAAGUCGAUGCUGGCAUCAAUAUUCUGAUGGCCGACCGGGUCGGGCUUAUUGCCAAAGCACUGGAGGAUCGGGAUGGCGAUGAUCGGCGAUUGAAGAACUAGCGGUUGCUCCGAUCGGGUGCAUGAAUAGUGGCGGCAUAGAUUAUCAAGAAUUUAGAGAUCUUAUGAAAUGAUUUCAAAUAGGUAUAUCCUGUAUUUUCCAUCAUUUUAA